AUGGGGCUGCCUACUCUGGAAUUCAGCGAUUCCUACUUGGAUAGCCCGGAUUUCAGAGAGCGCCUGCAGUGUCACGAGAUUGAGCUCGAACGAACCAACAAGUUCAUUAAGGAGCUCAUUAAGGACGGCUCUCUGCUCAUCGGGGCUCUGAGGAAUCUGUCUAUAGCAGUACAGAAAUUUUCCCAGUCACUACAAGAUUUCCAGUUUGAAUGCAUUGGCGAUGCUGAAACAGAUGAUGAAAUUAGUAUUGCUCAGUCAUUAAAAGAAUUUGCAAGGCUACUCAUUGCAGUAGAAGAAGAAAGGAGAAGACUGAUUCAAAAUGCUAAUGAUGUAUUAAUUGCACCACUUGAGAAAUUUCGAAAAGAACAGAUAGGUGCAGCAAAAGAUGGAAAGAAGAAAUUUGACAAGGAGAGUGAAAAAUACUAUUCUAUUCUUGACAAGCAUUUAAAUUUAUCUGCAAAGAAAAAGGAGUCUCAUUUGCAGGAGGCAGAUACACAGAUUGACCGAGAACAUCAAAACUUCUAUGAAGCAUCACUAGAAUAUGUCUUUAAAAUUCAAGAGGUUCAAGAAAAAAAGAAAUUUGAAUUUGUUGAACCGCUUUUGUCAUUCCUUCAGGGCUUAUUUACUUUUUAUCAUGAGGGAUAUGAACUCGCACAGGAAUUCGCACCAUAUAAGCAACAGCUGCAGUUCAACUUACAGAAUACAAGAAAUAAUUUUGAAAGUACUCGUCAAGAGGUAGAGCGGUUGAUGCAAAGAAUGAAAUCUGCCAACCAAGAUUACAGACCACCCAGCCAGUGGACGAUGGAAGGCUAUCUGUAUGUCCAAGAAAAACGACCACUUGGUUUUACCUGGAUUAAACAUUAUUGUACAUAUGAUAAGGGAAGUAAAACAUUUACAAUGAGCGUUUCAGAAAUGAAAUCCAGUGGGAAAAUGAAUGGCCUCGUUACUAGCUCACCAGAAAUGUUUAAAUUAAAAUCGUGUAUCCGACGAAAGACAGAUUCCAUUGACAAGCGAUUCUGCUUUGACAUAGAAGUAGUUGAAAGGCAUGGGAUCAUCACAUUGCAGGCCUUUUCAGAAGCUAAUAGGAAACUUUGGCUUGAAGCCAUGGAUGGAAAGGAACCAAUUUACACUCUGCCUGCCAUUAUUAGCAAGAAAGAAGAAAUGUACUUAAAUGAAGCAGGGUUCAACUUUGUGAGAAAAUGCAUUCAAGCUGUGGAAACAAGAGGCAUCACCAUUUUAGGCCUCUACCGAAUAGGAGGUGUGAACUCCAAAGUUCAGAAACUCAUGAAUACCACAUUUUCUCCAAAAUCCCCUCCUGAUAUUGAUAUUGAUAUUGAACUAUGGGACAAUAAGACAAUAACAAGUGGGCUGAAAAACUACCUCAGGUGCCUUGCUGAACCACUGAUGACUUACAAGUUGCACAAAGAUUUUAUUGUUGCUGUUAAAUCUGAUGACCAAAACUACCGGGUAGAAGCUGUACAUGCCUUGGUGCACAAAUUACCAGAGAAAAACCGAGAGAUGCUGGACAUCUUAAUAAAGCACUUGGUCAAAGUAUCACUACAUAGCCAACAAAAUCUUAUGACUGUCUCAAAUCUUGGUGUCAUAUUUGGCCCAACUCUAAUGAGAGCACAGGAAGAAACUGUGGCUGCCAUGAUGAAUAUUAAAUUUCAGAAUAUAGUGGUUGAAAUCCUGAUUGAACACUAUGAAAAGAUUUUUCAUACUGCUCCAGACCCAAGCAUUCCCCUUCCUCAGCCUCAGUCGCGAUCUGGAUCCCGGAGGACACGUGCAAUCUGCCUCUCUACAGGGUCUCGAAAGCCCAGAGGGAGGUACACUCCAUGCUUGGCUGAACCAGAUAGUGACUCCUAUAGCAGCAGCCCUGACAGUACACCCAUGGGUAGCAUCGAGUCACUCUCCUCUCACUCUUCUGAACAAAACAGCACUCCAAAGUCUACUUCCUGCCAGCCCAGGGAGAAAUCUGGUGGGAUUCCUUGGAUUGCAUCCCCAUCACCUGCCAAUGGACAGAAAAGCCUUGGUCUCUGGACAACUAGUCCUGAAUCGAGUUCUAGAGAAGAUGCAACCAAAACGGAUGCAGAAUCAGAUAGCCAGAGUGUAGCCUCAGUCACCAGCCCAGGGGACAUUUCUCCACCAAUCGACCUGGUCAAGAAAGGACCUUAUGGGCUAUCGGGACUGAAGAGAACCUCAGCUUCCUCCCUCAGAUCCAUCUCUGCAGCUGAAGGAAACAAGAGCUACAGUGGAUCCAUUCAAAGCUUAACUUCCAUAGGUUCCAAAGAGACCCCCAAAGCCCCACCAAACCCAGACCUACCUCCAAAAAUGUGCAGGAGGUUAAGGUUAGACAACACCUCAAGCAAUGGCUAUCAGCGACCUGGCUCAGUAGUGGCAGCAAAAGCCCAGCUGUUUGAAAAUGUUGGAUCAGUUAAGCCAGUUUCUUCUGGGCGCCAAGCCAAAGCCAUGUAUUCCUGUAAAGCAGAGCACAGCCAUGAGCUCUCCUUCCCGCAGGGGGCGAUAUUUUCUAAUGUGUACCCAUCAGUGGAACCAGGAUGGUUAAAGGCAACUUAUGAAGGCAAAACAGGACUAGUCCCAGAAAAUUAUGUUGUCUUCCUCUAA